GCCUACUUGCGAGAUCGAUAACAGAAGCAGAAACCAAACCAACAACAGCAGCAGCAACAGCAGCAGCAGCAGCAGCAACAACAACAACAACACCCCGCACCAUGUGGAACGGAGGAAGCGGCGGCGGCUUCAACCAGGAGAGCCAGCAGCAGCAGCAGCAGCAGCAGCAGGAGGCACUCCGGCGGAGACUGAACCUGGAAAUGGCGGCGGCGGCCUACGCGUCGUCCCACCAGGCAGCCGGCGGGAGCGGCCUGGGCUUCCGCAACCAGAUCACCCCCGACGAGCACCUGGCCCUGGCGGUGGCCGCCCGCAACCAGGCCCUCCAGGAGGCGGCGGUCCUCCGGGAGGAGCGCAACCAGACGAGCCUGGCCCUCGCGGUCCGCCAGCAGGCCAUCCAGCAGGCGGCACAGGCCGAGCAGCAGCAGCGGAUGGAACUCCUGGUCCUCCACCAGCAGCAACAGCAGCAGAAUCAACACCAGCACCACCACCAGCAGCAGCAGCAGCAGGCCGCGGUGCUCGUGGAGCUCCAGAGGCGGACCUCGGCAGCCUCGUCCAGCGCGGGCAACAGCACCGUCGGCGCGGGACUCCCGGAAGCCGUUCCCCGGAUGGAAGAAGCGGUCAUGGGCAUGGAGCUGGGCAUGGAAGCCGCCGGGGGCCACGGCAGCGGAAGCACGAGCGGCGUCCUCCACAACGGAAGCCACGCCGCGGAGGAAAAAGACGACGACGACGGCGGCGGCGAUGCCCCGGGGGCCGGAACCCCCCCGGCGGGCAGCGAGCACGGGUCCCGCGGCGGGAGCCCCCCCGCCUCGCCGCUGGCUAAGCAGAACGACCCCCCCGAGGAGCCCCCGCCACCGGCCCCGGUCCAGCCCCGCGGCAAGCCGGAGGCCAUGGCCAAGAAGCUGGCAUCCGCGGUGCGGCGCCAGGAAAUACUGGAGGAACUCGAGGCCGAGGCCGAGCAGCAGCAAAAGAAGCUCAAGCAGCAGCGGCUGAAGAAGGAGCAGCAGCUGCAGCAAAAACGGAUGGAAACCCUGGGGACCCACUCGUCGGACGCGGCCCCGGCGUCGUCGACGAUCUCGUCCCGGAAGAAGGCGGCGGCGGCCUCCAAGAAGAAAAAGGCGGCCGAGUCCGCCAAGAAGAAGAAGGCCCCCGCAAAGAAAAAGACGCCCACCAAAAGGGGGGGCCGGUCCCAGGCCGGGAGUGCCUCCAAGGCUUCCAAGGCCGCGGCCGGGAGCGCCACGCAGAACCUCUACGCCCUCAACCCCAAGCUGCCGGUCCCGACCAUGGACGAUCCGGUGGAUCCCAUCACCGAGGUCCAGUACGGCAAGCUGGAGGUCCUGAUGGAGCAGUUCUGCAGGGUCCCUCUCCUGUCGGAAUUCAGCCGGCCCGUCUCGCUGCUGCACCCGGAGGUGAGUGGGAGCGAUCGCAUCGCGCAGCGGCUGGUGGUAUUGUUUUUUGUUUUGUUGGCUCAUGUGUGUUCUGAAGACCAUCUGUAUCACCAAGCUUUCGUGCUCACCUCAUGUCCUGUCUGUACGACUCUUUUUAUGUUUUUCGCUUCGACCUUUUUUUAUAAAAUUUCGACAUCUACAAACCACAACAACUCUGCUUGCAGCUCAUGACCGCUUACACAAAAAUCGUAGAGCACCCGGUGGACCUGGGAAAAGUCUGCCGGCGGAUCCGCCGACGCCAAUACGAGAACUUGCGCGACAUGCGGCUCGAUGCGUGGAGAAUUUUUGCCAACUGCUUCAAGUACCAUUCCCAUCCUAGCAACAGGGACGCCGUCCCGUCAUUUGUUUCGAUCGCCCUGCACCUGAGGGAUUUCUUCAAUGACUUGUGGCAGGAGCACCUGCUCCCGUCGGAUUUUCCUCCUCCGGCACCCGCAAGCUCCGGGAGCCGGUACAAGCCUCACGAUCCCCACGCGGCACUCCGGGCCGCCAUGGAGCAGCGCAUCGAGUCCCGGAAGAAGCGGCUGGUGGUGUCGGGCUUGUCGGUCAUGGCGGGAAAAUGCCUCGAGCGAGCAGCGGAAGCCCUGAGCGAUCUCAUCGAGAACGGCGGCCUGGUCGACGCACUGGAUUCCAAACCCAUAUGGGGAGAGGGUGUUGUGAUGGACGAGGAGGACGAGGGCGACGUGGAAGUGGUCCUGGAGAACCUCCGGAAACUGGCGAGCGAGCUAGAGGAGAUUGUAGCAAACAACCAAGAACUCGGGAUCGACGACCUGGAAACCAACAUUCGAAGGUGCUACACCGAGGGAGAUGGACUCGAAAGCAUGAGCGCGACCCUGAAGAUGCGGAUCGCGAGCCGGAUGGAUCGGUUUCUGGGACAGCUGGUGGUUCCCAUCCACGAGGCGACCUGCCGGGGGGUAAGCCAAUCGAGCAUCUGGGGCUGCAUGGCGGCAGCGGUCUGGGCCAGGGAGUCGAGCAAGAAACCCUUCUGGCCGGCCCUGGUGCUCGGAAUCAUUGCCCCCACAGACCAGAAGGAAGACUGGCACAAGUAUCUGACGGAGCGAAACGAGGCCCGGUUGCCCGAAAAGCUGAAAUCACAGCUCCUGACCGGGAAACGAAAGGCCGAGCAGGCGGUAAAGCGGCAGAGCCUGGGGCAGGCCGACCCACAGAGCUUUUUCCUGGUGGAAUUCCUGGGAUCCCACGAAUUCAUCUGGGUCCGGGAGGCCGACAUCGUCGAGAACUUCAACCCGCAGGAGGAUCCGAACAAGAAGGACGGCCACCAGCGGUCCAAAAAGAUUUCCCGGAAGAGCCUCGCCAACAUUCUCGGCUCGAAGAUCUACGCCAACGCGCUGGAAGAGGCCCAGUGGGCCCUCGAGGAGUUCGAGCUCCAGCUACAGGACAUUGGGGGUUCCACAGAGGGGAUGGAAGACGACGAGCACGAGGAAGGAUACAGCUACAGCGUCCUGUCGCAAUCCGAUGACGAGGCAGACGACGACGACGAUCUCGCAACCGAGGAUCUGGACCAGGACGAGUGCAACGAGUUGCUCGCAACCAACGGGCUCCUGGAUUUCUCGGUGGCCGGGCGAAAACGCCGCGCCCAGAUCCUGAAGCAGCAGAAACUGAACGCGGAGAAAAAACAGAAAACCGUCAAGGCCAAGAAGGCGAGGGCCGACAAGGCCAAGAAGGCCAAGGACGAGAAGCAAAAGGAAAAAGAGCGGCGGCAGGAGAAAAGAGACCUGGAGAAGAAGCGCCGGAAGCGCAUGAGGGAGCGGGAAAAGGCUCUCAAGGGCGUCCAGCACCAGAAGAAGAAGCGGAAGCUCUCGGACCCCGCACCGGGCAGGAGGCACCUGAUCGCCAGCAAGCGCGAUCGGGCCGAGGCCAUCGUGAGCGGGUACGUCAGCCGGGCCGCCAAGGCCGGGGUGUACAAGCCGCUCGGCCUGGGCGGGGAGCAGCGGUGGAUCCAGUCGGCCUUUAUCGACUCGACGAACCUGAGCGGGAUGGCCCUGGCCUUUCGGGCAUCCGCCGGUCUCAUCCCGAUGCCGAAGCAGGACACGGGGGCCCCGGGGAAAAUCGUGCUGAUGCCGUGGGACAAGAUCCGGCUGAGGGGGAAAAAGACGUCGGCGGAGCGUUCCGAGGUCCUGCUGAAGCAGAUCGAUCUGCUCGAGAAGGAGAUCCGGCUGCGAAAGGCCUCCAGGACGAGGCGGGAGAACCGCCUCAAGGGGGUCCUCCAAGAGGUGAUCAAGAUGGAGGCGGGGAUCGCCGAGGACGACAAGCUUUCCCGGGAAAACCCGCUGAAAAAGUCGAAAAAGCCCCACCCACUGGCCGGAAAGAAGCGCAAGCGGUCCGGUGCUUCCGCGGCAGAUCCAAAGGCCGCCGCCGACGCGAAGAAGGAAGGAGGGAGCGGGUCCCCGAGCGCCAAGGCAGCCAAGCCGGAGAAACCCGCUGCUUCUGCCGCUGCCAGUCCUGGGGGGCCCGCGGCCGAGGCUCCCGCGGAACCCGCCGGUGCGGAGUAGGCCUCCACCAGCGAGCUUGUAAUGUAGUGCGUACUUGUACGAGUAACCGACUAGUUCCGUGUAGCACAAUACCAAAACAUCCA